CAUAUAUACUCUUUCCAAACUCAUAAAUCACACACACUAAAAAAACAUGGCUGUUGGUACAACUAGACAAUGCAUUGGCCGUUUCAUGGACAUUGAGCCCAUGAAAUUUUCUUUCUCAUCCCCAACUGCAAUUGCAAGACAAUCAGUCCAUCUCCCCAAUCAUAAAUAUCAAGAACUCAGCUCCUUGUCCAUGAAUGGCUGCGGCGGCGAUCCUCGAGCCCCUCUCGGCGUCGUCGAGACCCGGACGCUCGCCGCCGUGCCCACUCUGGCCGUGGCCGCCGACCGCCUCAACUCCGUCGUUUACGACCUCAAGACCUGCUCUCCGACGUCGGAUUCCGGGAUUAUUCGGAUUGAGGUGCCGAUCCAGCAGCAGAUAGAGGCUCUUGAAUGGCUGCAUUGCCAAACCCACACUCUUCUUCCUCGCUGUUACUUUUCCGGCAGAGAUUCCGGCGACAUUCCGCUCAUUGACCACGGCGACGGAAACGGCAAUGAUUCUCAGCAGAAGCUGGUCAGUGUCGCCGGCCUGGGGUCUGCGGUCUCCUUCCGCCAUCUCCGCCCCUUCUCCUUGGACGAUUGGCAUUCAAUCAAAAGGUUCUUGUCGAAAAAGUGUCCGCUCAUUCGUGCUUAUGGCGCAAUCCGAUUUGAUGCAAGGUCUAAUAUAGCUCCUGAGUGGGAGGGUUUCGGUUCUUUCUAUUUUAUGGUCCCUCAGGUUGAGUUUAAUGAGUUUGAAGGAAGUUCAAUGAUCGCGGCAACUAUUGCAUGGGACAAUCGCCUGUCACGGACCUAUGAAGAAGCUAUUGCUGCACUUGAGGCUACCAUGUGGCAGGUCUCAUCACUUGUCCAGAGAUUAAAUGGAACCACUCAUCGUCCUGUUGUGCUCCACCAGGCUCAUGUUCCCAAUAAAGCUUCAUGGGAUUCAGCUGUUAAGCAAGCUCUGGACAUGAUAACUAGGAAAAACUCAUCGCUUGUUAAGGUUGUCCUUGCACGUAGUAGCAGAGUACUGACCACAGUAGAGAUUGAUCCUUUGGAGUGGCUGACAAGCUUACAGGUAGAAGGGGUCAAUGCCUAUCAGUUCUGUCUUCAGCCUCCUGAAUCACCAGCAUUCAUUGGAAACACUCCGGAGCGACUAUUCUAUCGAAACCGGCUUAGUAUCUGCAGUGAGGCUUUAGCUGGAACACGAGCUAGAGGUGGAACCGAGUCUCUAGAUUUACAGAUAGGACAAGAUUUACUUUCCAGUGCCAAAGACCACCAUGAGUUCUCUGUAGUAAGAGAAAGUAUAAGAAGAAAGCUAGAGGAUGUUUGUUCCAGCACAGUUGUUAAGCCUAGCAAGGUUCUACGUAAACUUCCACGCGUACAACAUCUUUAUGCUAAACUGACUGGCACACUGCAGAAAGAAGAUGAUGAGUUUAAGAUUUUGUCUUCCCUGCAUCCAACUCCUGCUGUCUGUGGGCUUCCUAUGGAGGAGGCGCGGAUGUUUAUAUCAAAAACUGAAAUGUUUGAUCGAGGAAUGUAUGCUGGCCCGGUUGGGUGGUUUAGUGGUGCAGAGAGUGAGUUUGCUGUGGGAAUAAGGUCGGCGUUGGUCGGAAAGGGUUCUGGUGCGAUACUCUAUGCUGGAACCGGGAUAGUAGAAGGAAGCAAUUCUUCCCUAGAAUGGCAAGAACUGGAGCUGAAGACUUCACAGUUCACCAAAUUGAUGAAACUCGAGGCACCUCUUGUGUCGAUGAGGGAGAAAGUUGAACUCUAACUUAAAAAGUUUCAUCUGUUCGCCUUGGUUCUGAAUGAAUGGCUUUUCGUUCUCCACGACAUUUUUGGUGACAGAAAGCAAAAGAAAAAAGAUAUGAGGGAGGACCAUAUUGGUCCCUUUAAUGGUAAAUAGGUUGUCAAAUAUAUGUCUUCCAUUUUUUUCUGUAUAUAGCUGGUUGACCAUCAGCCAUUAUUUGAUCAAACUGUAUAUAGCGUAUAGAGAGAGAGAGAGAGAAAGAGAGAGAGAGAGAGACAGACAGACAUGAUUUCUUGAGAUUGAAUGUAUUGUACAUAAAUAUCAUCCAAUUCCUCUAAAUGAUGUAGCAGUAACAGAAUACCAUUGUAAAUUACAGGUCAAUCUCGAUUUUGGUGUGAUAAUAAAUAUGAGGGGACUUCUGCAAAUCUGUGGUUAGGAUCUUGAGAUUGUUUGAUAAAUGCCAAAACUACUUGGCAUCUUCACCUCUUCUUCUAUCUGCCAUCUUCGUGCUUGGGUCAGUUCGUCGUCGACGCCUUCUCCGCUGCAUACACCAACCUAAAAUACCGGGGAAAAUAAUAAGCAUAUACCAUGUACCUUUUCACUUUCUCUCUUUUUAUAUAUAAGAAUAAGAUCAUGUAAAUCGAGCAUAAAAGAGAAGUUCCCCAAUAUCAAUAUACAUAAAUUUAUGUUUGCGUUUAUACAAAAA